GCCUGCCAUCUUAGAUCCAACAAACUGGCUCGUGGAGCAGCGUCGUUGUCAACUUUCUAGGGGCUGGAGCACACCGUAGUAGACAACUUGAAGAUGAGGCUGUUUUGGAGCGCAGCAGCAGUUCUGCUCUCAGCAUGUAUUCCCGAAUCCCUUGCGGAAGUCAGGAGCAACACCAACCAACAGCCCCUUGCAGCACCCGUUCGGGCUUCAAGUCCAGCGGCAAUUCAAGUUGACCAUGACAAAAAGCUCUCCGAGGUGAUUGCCGCAUCACCUCUGCUAUCACUACAUCGAGCGAUUUGCGAAGUGGAGUCGAUCACGGACAACGAGCUGGCAGUGGGAAAGUUGAUCACGUCGUUUCUCGAGGCUCACAACUUCACCGUCAAAACGCAGAGCGUGCCCCCGCCAGGCGCGACAAACAGUACCAAAGAGCGACUUAAUAUCUAUGCAUAUCCCGAUCCCUCGAAAUAUGCAGCAUCAACCUCCGGCGAGAAGACAGCGAGCUCUGAAUCGCUACCAAAGCCAAAGGUAGUGCUGAGCUCCCAUAUUGACACUGUCCCACCACACAUUCCAUACUCGCUCUCUCUACCUGGACACCGGCACCACAAGGAUGAUACUAGUAAGUUAUCGAGUCGCAAAGACAUCCUGAUCUCCGGCCGCGGCACGGUCGACGACAAAGCGUGUGUGGCCGUGCAAAUACAGGCGCUUUUGGAUCUACUUGCGGGACACGACCAGAUCAACCCGUCCGACGUGGCGCUACUGUUUGUAGUGGGCGAAGAGAAGCGCGGCGAUGGCAUGAAACACUUUUCCGCGUCCGAACUGUACAAGCAGACCAAUGCAGACUACAAGGCCGUCCUGUUUGGCGAACCUACAGAAGGCAAACUGGCCGCGGGCCACAAGGGCAUCACGAUGGUCUCUAUCAAGGCGCACGGCAAGGCCGCGCACUCCGGCUAUCCCUGGCUAGGACGCAGCGCCAACAGCAUGAUUCUCCCGGCGUUGAAUGUCCUCGAUAAGCUGGGAGACAUCCCUGAGGAGGAAGGCGGGCUACCACGCAGCGAGAAGUACGGUAAGAGCACGGUCAACGUUGGCUACAUGCAAGGAGGUGUGGCUGCGAAUGUCGUGCCUGAAUUUGCCACGGCCGACGUCACAUUCAGACUGGCUGGGGGUACAGCUGAGCAGGUGCGAAAGAUUGUCACGGAUGCCAUUCGCUCGGUCGAUCCGGACGAGCAGUUGGAGUUGGACUUUAGUCAGGGAUACGGCCCGGUGCCCUUGGAUGCGGAUGUUGAGGGAUUUGAUACUAUCACGGUCAAUUAUGGCACCGACGUCCCAAAUCUCGAGGUGGCAGAGGGUGUCAAGAGGUAUCUUUAUGGGCCGGGAAGUAUCCUUGUGGCUCAUGGCGACAACGAGGGUCUGACUGUGGGAGAGCUGGAGGAGGCCUUGGAAGGAUAUAAAAAGCUGGUCAAGCAUGCACUGGAAAACUAGGGACUAGUUGUAUAUGCAAUAGACUGUGCCAUUGGUACUUUCACAGAAUAGAACGAUCAUACGUCUCGAAGGGAUGCCAUAGAGUCUAGUUAUGGAAUGCCUGACUCCAUAGUUAAGGUGCAUGCAGGCCAACAGUUGCUCAGUUGAUGCUUCGGUGCCGGCGAGUGAGCCUGAGAGCUACGCCGGGCCUGGAGUGCCUGGCAAUGAUCUUAAACCGCC